CGCUGCGCUGCCGGUGCGAACCAGUGACUGAGUGACCGCCUUCAACCCGUGCGACAUUAAAUAAAUUACCAACAUGUCUGACGAGGAGGAAUAUUCUGGCUCCGAGGAGGAGGAAGUAGAAGAAGAAGUUCCGGAGACGCCCGCUCCUAAACCAGAGGGUGAGGGAGAUCCAGAAUUCAUCAAGCGUCAAGACCAGAAGCGGUCGGACUUGGACGAGCAGCUGAAGGAGUACAUCAACGAAUGGCGCAAGCAGCGGGCCAAGGAGGAGGACGAGCUCAAGCGCCUCAAAGAGAAGCAGGCUAAACGCAAGGUUUCUCGCGCUGAAGAAGAGAAGCGCCUCGCCCAGAAGAAGAAGGAGGAGGAGGAGAGGAGAGUCCGGGAGAUCGAGGAGAAGAAACAGCGUGACAUCGAGGAGAAGAGGCAGCGGCUCGAGGAGGCCGAGAAGAAGCGCCAGGCUAUGCUUCAGGCCAUGAAGGAGUCCAGCAAGACCGGACCCAACUUCACCAUUCAAAAGAAGAGCGAUAACUUCGGAUUGAGCAGUGCUCAGCUGGAGCGCAACAAGACCAAGGAGCAGCUGGAGGAGGAGAAGAAGAUCUCCCUCUCCAUCCGUAUCAAGGCGCUCAACAUUGAGGGCCUGUCCGUGGACAAGCUGCGCCAGAAGGCCACCGAGCUCUGGGAGUGCAUAGUCAAGCUCGAGACAGAGAAAUACGACCUCGAGGAGAGGCAAAAGAGACAGGACUACGACUUAAAAGAGCUCAAAGAAAGACAAAAGCAGCAGCUGAGACACAAGGCCCUGAAGAAGGGUCUCGACCCCGAAGCACUCACAGGCAAGCACCCCCCCAAAAUCCAGGUCGCAUCCAAAUAUGAAAGGCGCGUCGACACACGGUCCUAUGACGACAAAAAGAAACUAUUCGAAGGUGACCUAGAAAAACUGAACAAGGACUUCCUUGAGAAGAUCUGGCACGAAAGGGCCGAGCAGUUCGGCGGCAGACAAAAGGGAGCCCGAGCCCGAGGAAGAGGAGGAGGAGGUCGUCGAGGAGGAAGAGGUCGAAGAGGAGGAGGAGGAGGAAGAGGAAGAGGAAGAAGAAGAGGAGGAAUAAGGCGAUGGCGAGGUCGCGCUGGAGGGGCGAGGCCGCGGGCGCGGGCCGGCCGCGUCCGCAGUACUGUUUUGUAACCAAUCCAUUAACUUAUUGCUACUAUAAAUUAUUUUUAUUAUUUAUACUGUUGAGUCAAUCGUUACGGAGCAAACAUUUACACACGAGACGCGUCAACAACAUCUGUGACGUCGCAAUAAACUAAUUUAUUUCAUAAAAUG